AUGGCAACCGUCGUCGUUCAACAGCAGGCGCUGCGCCAUUCCACUCCUCCUCCUUCUUCCAUCCCAUCCGCCCUCUCCGUCAACAGACGGUCGAGCCCGAUUCCGAACAAGCAUCUGCCGGUGUGCCCAACAGGCCCGUCUUCCUCCGAGUCUCUGCGGGAGACUCCUGCACAACGCACCACCAAUGAUCAGACUUCCUCACUCCUGUACCCGGCCGAUGGCUUUGUGCGUAUUUCGUGCCCGCCGGCACCCAAUAUCUAUGCCAUCGAUGCCGAGACCUUAUCUUCUGCGCUGGAUCACAUGGCAGCGCAGCCAUUGCCUGAUCCAUCGCAAAUGUUCCCCUGGCUGCAUGGCCUCCACCCCGAUAACCACCUGCAGUUGGGCUUCUUCUCCGGUCGCAAGAAGUCCCUGCGCCGAGCACCGAAAUGUUGGCGCGGAAUCACGGUGGUCAAGUUGGGCGGUGAUCUGAGCAAGGCACGCAUCAAAGGUGCCGUCGCUCCCAGCGAAGUCAUCUCGCCCUCAUCGCGUUUCUUGAUGGCCGACCCGCCGGAGGGUUUCUCGGUGCGCAACUUCCAUAUCCAGACUGCCAAACUUGCUGCCAUGUCGGAUAUAGUGGUUUAUGCCGAAGAUGGAGCCAGCAAGUCGGAGCUUCUUGCGCUGGCAGAGGACUUUGCGAUGGCCCAGCAGGCUUGGCGCAUGAAGAAUGAUCCCUUGCAAGAACGGCCGACUUACAACACCUUCGUGGUCACAAGCUCCUUCCACCAUAUUGAGAAGAAACUCCCCCAGCUGGUCGCUAUCAAUUCGCUUGGCCAACUCACUGGUCGGGUCAUGGACUUCUCUCAAUGGGAGCGUCUGGAGAUGUGCAGCAUGUCUCGUGCGUCGGAGAUCUCAACCAAUGUCUGGCUCGGACCGACUCCUGAUUACAUGCUUCGACCGGGAGUAUGUGAUGAGCCCGAGACGGUUCCGUAUGAUCUGAUGAUCGAGGCAAGCGAUCUCGCCAGUAUCCCCGGUCCUCGUUUCUUGGCCACGCUCGACGCAAAGCUCGAGAGCGCUCCCCAGCGAAUGGAAUUCCCCUCGUCUGGCUCGAUUGUACUCCCUUCGGGCCACACCCGCGAAGUCGAAGACCUUGUCGCCACCAUUCGAUGGAUCUACUACCUCGCUCACCCCGAGCCAACCGAAGUGGCAGACCGUGACGGCGACAUCGCCAUGACUCACCAGGAGAAGAAGGCUCGUCGAGUGUUCAUCCAUUGUGCCGAUGGCUACACCGAGAGCUCGCUGCUGGCAGUUGCGUAUUUCAUGUUCGCCGAAGGUGUUCCCGCGCACGAAGCGUGGCUUCGUCUGCAUCGUGAAAAGGGUCGGAACUUCUUCGCAUACCCGACGGACGUUGCGUUCCUAAGUCACGUUCAGCCACGUCUUUUGCAAGAGAGCCCGGUAACCCGUUCCAGCGACCCCUCGGAAAUCUGGGAUCCCAACUGGUUUUUGAAGAUGGACGGCUCUUUGCCCAGUCGCAUUCUUCCAUGGCUGUAUCUGGGUAACCUCAAUCAUGCCAACAACCCGGAUUUGUUGUGGGAACUUGGGAUCCGACGCGUUUUGAGCAUCGGCGAGCCCGUUUCGUGGAGCAGCGAGGCCCGUGACAAAUGGGGCAAAGACAACCUCAUGUACAUUGACAACGUUCAAGAUAACGGUAUCGACCCACUCUGGCAGGAGAUCGAUAGGUGUUUGGAAUUUCUCGAGCAUGAAAAGAAAGAAGGCAUGGCGACCCUGGUUCACUGCCGUGUUGGCGUUUCCCGAUCUGCCAGCAUUUGCAUUGCCGAGGUGAUGAAAACACAGGGUCUCUCCUUCCCUCGCGCAUAUUGCUUUGUCCGCGCUAGACGACUGAACGUGAUUAUUCAGCCCCAUCUCCGCUUUGUCUAUGAACUCCUCCAAUGGGAAGAGAGCCAAAUGAAGAAACGCGGCCCUUUGAAACGCGAACUCGAAUGGCCAACUGUCGCCCGCGAGAUUGCACUCCUCAACAAACCCUACUCUAGAACCUAA